CCGGCUGUUGGCAGCAGUUGGCGGGGCCGGGAGGCGGCUGCACGUGCGGGCGGGGGCGAUGCGUCACUGACCGGAGGAACGAGGAUGAAUAUGACUCAAGCCCGGGUGCUGGUGGCCGCGGCGGUGGGGCUGGUGGUGGUCCUCCUCUACGCCUCCAUCCACAAGAUCGACGAGGGGCACCUGGCCGUGUACUACAGGGGAGGAGCUUUACUAACUAGUCCCAGUGGGCCAGGCUAUCAUAUCAUGCUGCCUUUCAUUACUACGUUCAGAUCUGUGCAGACAACACUACAAACAGAUGAAGUUAAAAAUGUGCCUUGUGGAACAAGUGGUGGGGUCAUGAUCUAUAUUGACCGAAUAGAAGUGGUUAAUAUGUUGGCUCCUUAUGCAGUGUUUGACAUUGUGAGGAACUACACUGCAGAUUAUGACAAGACUUUAAUCUUCAAUAAAAUCCACCAUGAGCUGAACCAGUUUUGCAGUGCCCACACACUUCAAGAAGUUUACAUAGAAUUAUUUGCUUUGGGCUGCAUUUACACCCAGUACAGCACAUUCCAACUUUCGGCAGUGAUCUUUUUCUUGCCGGACAUGGCUGUGCGUGUUACAAAACCCAAAAUCCCAGAAGCCAUAAGAAGAAAUUUUGAAUUAAUGGAAGCAGAGAAGACAAAACUUCUUAUAGCUGCACAGAAACAGAAGGUUGUGGAGAAAGAAGCUGAAACAGAGAGGAAAAGGGCAGUUAUAGAGGCAGAGAAGAUUGCACAAGUGGCAAAAAUUCGGUUUCAACAGAAGGUGAUGGAGAAAGAAACUGAAAAGCGCAUUUCUGAGAUUGAAGAUGCUGCAUUCCUGGCCCGAGAGAAGGCGAAAGCAGAUGCCGAGUAUUAUGCUGCGCACAAAUACGCCACCUCAAACAAGCACAAACUGACCCCGGAGUAUCUGGAACUCAAGAAGUAUCAGGCCAUUGCUUCUAACAGUAAGAUCUACUUUGGCAGCAACAUCCCUAACAUGUUCGUGGACUCCUCUUGUGCUUUGAAAUAUUCUGAUGUUAGGACUGGAAGAGAAGGCUCCCUUCCCCCGGAGGAAACUCUUGAACCCUCUGGAGAGAGCCCCGUCCAAAACAAGGAGAACACAGGUUGAUGCAAGAGGUAGAAAUGCUCUCCCAUAUCAAAGUGUGACCCAGGGGGUUAAGUGGGAACAGUGGUUUAUAUGGACUCUCCAGAUUCACAGAGAAUUUGUGCUCUGUUGUGACUCUCUUGUCAUAGUCCUGGUUUGCCAGCUCGCUGCAGGAUAGGACCAGCUGACUGGCACUCAAAUGGUCUUUUCAGCCACAGUUUUAUCAAGUAUCCUGUAUGUGUUCCUUUGUAAACCGGUACUCAUGAGCGAGGGAAAGUGACGCUUAGAUACUGCCUGCACUGGAAUGUCAAACACUAUAUAACAAGCUGUGUUUCUUUUAAAAGCUGAGGUCUAUUGAAUAAUGUUUACAUUGGUCCCUGGGGACGUGUGCUUAGACAUUCAAGAGCUAGGAGGCCAGAGAAAAGACCACCAGAAAAUGGUAAGUUAAAGAAGACUGAUGACAUUUGGGGCCCAGGCUUUCUUUAAAGUCCAGUCCCAGCAUUCCUCCAUGUGAUUACCAGCCAGGCCUCUGGAUUCCUAGGAAAUGAUCUUCCAGUUGAGCAACCAUUUACUUGAUACAAAGUGUACCGUUCUGUUUUCCUACAGUCAGGUUGGUGGCCUGCAGGGACAUCCAACCAGAGGAUUUUCACAGAGAUUCCUGAUCACUAGUUUAUUUCAUUAGUAAACUCAGAAAUAGGGAAAGCAGCUGAAAUUUAAGGGAGACAAAACCUGCACUGCACCAAAGCUGUGGGGCCCUGUGUUUCCUCCAUUGGGUGAUGAUGUCCACAUCACUGCUCAGGCCCAAGUGCGAUGAAAGUGCCUGGUUUUAGCCACAGACAACUGCUUAGAGGUCACCCCGUGACUCUGCUAAGCCAAGACCAGGCUUUAACCAGACAUAGGAGCAGUGUGCAAUUCCUAAUUUGCUGCACAGUAUUAUGUCAUAAUUGCAGGAAGUCUGUAUUUUAAAACUGGAUUUGGGGCACAUUCAUUUGCCCCAGCACUCCUUUCUAAAGGCCAAGGUUUAUGGAUGCCUUGGUUGCUAACACACCGAUUCUCCUUAAAGUAGUUCACAAAGUGUGAAACCAAAAGUAACCUAGAAAGCAUCCCUGGUCAUCUUUGUCUCCUUCCCCUUUGACCUGUGAUGUUGAUAUCAAAGUAUCUAACUUUCACUCUAGAGAUCAGAAUUCCAUUGACUUCUGGGCAACCAUUGAAUUUAUUUUCCAUGAGAAAAUGACAAAGUUAAGCUGUGGCUAUAGGAGAUCUGCUUCAUCCAGACCUCUUUUCCCCAUCACAUUAACUCUCCUGGAACUUUAUGCUGCACAGGUAGACCUGAGUCUGCCAAGCUUGUUGACAGCUCUUGUGUGUACUGUGUUGAAGCCAGGCAGAAGUGUAAUGGGCCCACUUCCUGACACCUCUCAGCUGUUUAUCUCACAAUAGCUGAAAGGUUGUGCCAAACAUUUUAUUGGAAAAGGAAAGCCCAGGUUUGAAUGGGUCUUUCCCCUGGGCCUUUUAGUAUAGAGGCAUUUGUAAUAUGGAAAAAAUAAUCUUUCUCAUUUAAUUAUAUUACCCUUAAAUGAAUUUUGUGUUCUUGAACCCUCAUUACAAAAAUAUUUGAACUAUAUAAAUACACCUGUCAUAUUGUUGCUGCAGAUAAAUAAUGAUUGUUGUGGGAUAUCUGGAUCAUUGCUUUGUGCUUUCAUUUCUAGAGAUGUUUUCUGUUCCCAUUAGUGAAAUGCUGUUGCCCCAAAGUGAUGGCUGUAGGUGUCUUAGUGGCCACGGGUCAUGUUGGCCAGGUUGAGGAACAGGGAGGUGCCAUUGUGAAAGAUUAAAGAAAGCACUUCCACUUGAGCUCCCUAUGGAGUGAGCUUCCCUGUGCCCACUCAGUGAACUAAGUCUGGCCAUCCUUCAGGGAUGUUCCUUUUGGUAAAUAUACACUGUAAUCUUAAGUAUAAAUUUAUAUGUGAAAGCUACGUUUUUAAAAACAAGAAUCUAAAUAAAAUUAUUUUCCUA